AUGUUCGUCAAUGUACUCGCCUUCCUGCUCCUCGCUAGCACCACAAAGGCCGUUGACAAUGCCACACUUGUACUUCCACAGGGUACAGGGCCGUUUGGGGUAUCAUACCACGAAUUCGAGCUUGUCGACAGCUCGCGUGUAGACCCAUUCAAUGCCUCACACGUACGUCGAAUAAUGGUAUCACGCCUCGAUCCCGUCCAAAAGUCAAAAUGCAAACUCACCAAAAUACCCUACUUUCUGCCGGAAGUCGCGAGAGUGCAGGAUGAGAUCUUGACGGGCUAUGAUUACCCCACUGGGCUCUGGUCGCGAUUCAACUUGGAAGUCUGCAAACCCUCGAAAACUCAACACAGCGGCUCUGGAGACAACUUUCCCAUUGCGCUAUUCGGCCCCGGGCUUAACACCACGCGCCUCUUCUACUCCAGUCUCGCUCAGGAGGUCGCGUCGCAUGGCUUCACAGUGCUGACCAUCGACCACCCAUACGACACCGACGUGGUAGUCUUCCCCAACGGCGAUGUCAUAUACGGUGGCCGGGUGACUUCACCGAACAAAGCGAACGGGUCGACGACAUCGGUUGAACAUGCGCUGCAAGUCCGUGCGCAAGACGCUUCCUUCGUACUAGACACGCUCGGUACGAAGAAGCCGGCGGCAAUCUUCGGGCAAUCUUUUGGCGGCGCCGCAGCCGCCACGUCCAUGCUCAACGACAAACGGUUCCGCGCGGGCAUCAACUUCGACGGCUUCAUGUUUGGCCCCGUGCUCAAAACGCCGCUUGGCUCGCCGAUACAUCCUCAGGCUUUCAUGCUCUGGGGCAGCGACGGGCUCAAUAGCUCCAGCGAACCUUCGUGGACUGCUUUCUGGGACACGCAGUCGAAAGCUCCGUAUGUGGAUUAUAAGAAGGAGUUUAGCAUUGUCAACAGCACGCAUUCGAGUUACUGGGAUCUCAACUUGCUCGUCGAUGUAGCAGGCAUCAGGGGAAAUCUAAGCGAAACGGCGCAGUAUUUGAUCAGUCCUGUGCAUGGUCCUAGGGUGUAUGAGAUUCUAGGGCGCUAUGUCAGCGCGUUCUUUUGGCGGGCGUUGGGGCUCAAGAAGGAGGAUGAGGUGCUGCGGGGGAAGAAUGGGAAGUUUCCUGAGGUGAAGCUGUUGAGUGGAUGA